GUCCCGCCUCUACCGCCCAGCGGACGCCGCCACCGCCGCCGCCGCCGCCGCCGCCGCGCACCUAGCCAGGUCCCUGAGGGGCGGGCAGGUGAGGCCUAGGGGUGCCGAUCCCUAGUGUCGACUAUGCGAGAUCUGAUUCCGGAGCUGCCAUGAUUGAAGUGGUAGCAGAGCUGAGCCGGGGUCCUGUAUUUUUGGCUGGGGAGGCGCUGGAGUGUGUAGUGACCGUCACCAACCCCCUUCCCCCCACGGCCACUUCUGCAUCCAGUGAGGCCCUGGCCUGGGCCAGUGCCCAAAUCCACUGCCAGUUCCAUGCCAGUGAGAGUCGAGUAGCACUGCCUCCUCCUGACUCUAGUCAGCCAGAUGUCCAGCCCGACAGCCAGACUGUCUUUCUGCCACACCGAGGUGAGAGGGGCCAGUGUAUUCUUUCUACUCCACCAAAAAUUCUAUUCUGUGACCUGAGGCUUGAUCCUGGAGAGUCCAAAUCAUACUCCUACAGUGAAGUGCUGCCCAUAGAGGGACCACCCUCCUUUCGGGGUCAGUCAGUCAAGUACGUCUACAAACUGACCAUUGGCUGCCAGCGUGUCAACUCCCCUAUCACUUUACUCAGAGUCCCUCUGAGGGUUCUUGUGCUGACUGGCCUUCAGGAUGUCCGGUUUCCCCACGAUGAGGCUGUAGCCCCAUCCAGUCCAUUCUUGGAGGAGGAUGAAGGUGGGAAGAAAGAUUCAUGGCUAGCUGAGCUGGCUGGGGAACGCCUAAUGGCUGCCACAUCCUGCCGCAGCCUCCAUCUAUACAAUAUCAGUGAUGGCCGAGGGAAAGUUGGGACAUUUGGCAUCUUCAAAUCUGUGUACAGACUUGGCGAGGACGUGGUGGGGACCUUAAACUUAGGGGAAGGAACCGUAGCUUGUUUGCAGUUUUCAGUCAGCUUACAGACCGAGGAGCGUGUACAGCCUGAGUACCAGCGGCGACGUGGGGCAGGGGGUGUCCCCUCUGUGUCGCAUGUGACUCACGCCCGGCACCAGGAAUCCUGCCUACAUACAACUAGAACCAGCUUCUCCCUCCCAAUCCCUCUCAGCUCCACCCCAGGCUUCUGUACAGCCAUUGUGUCCUUGAAGUGGAGAUUGCAUUUUGAAUUUGUAACGUCCAGAGAACCAGGAUUGGUACUCCUACCCCCUGUGGAACAGCCCGAACCUACCACCUGGACAGGACCUGAGCAAGUACCUGUAGACACCUUCAGCUGGGACCUCCCCAUCAAGGUGCUGCCUACUAGCCCCACCCUGGCCUCAUAUGCUGCCCCAGGCCCCAGCACCAGCACCAUAACCAUCUGAAACUGGCCCACCCUGGUGCUAGUUCCUUCCAGAUACUGAGAACUCAGCACCUGGACUCUAAUGGGACCCACUUUUUCCACCUGGGGUCCAAUGUCGUGGACAGUGAGAGUCGGGCUUUCAGCUAUAGCAUUAAUUUAUUUGUUCAGAAUACAUUGGCAGCUGCUAGUGGUUUCCCUGGAAGUGGCAGCAGCAGUGAGCAGUCAGCAGAUGGAUGAUCAGUUGAGUCUAGCUGGAGUGGGGAGCAGGAGCCCCAGGAACAGGGGUGUUGGCUGAGCCCCAUUCUGGGUCAGGCCCUCCCCCUUUGCAGGGCAGCCGAGGGUCAGAUUUUUGCACCAAGGAGAACUGGCAGGUUCCUGCCUCCUGACGUACCUCACACCCAGCCGGGAAGUCGAUGGGAUGCUGGGACCUGGGGAACCAAGGAUGGGGGAAGGAGUCAGCACAGUGAAAGGCUGCCUUUAUCCCUGCCCACAUGUUCCCUCUCUCACAGUUUUCCCCCCACAGAGCCCCUUUCAGUGGCCCCUUGGUCCUCCUAACUAAGCUGUCACCUACCAUAUGUGGGCCUUUUUGUUUUAUAACAGGAGUAUUUUCUCUCCAGGUCCACCCCAACCUCCCCUGAUUUAUAGCCUGAAGCCUUAUCUUUCACACUAGUGUUGGUCCCUUCAGGUUUGGCCCAUCUUGUAUUGCUCUUCUGUUCAUUCUUACAUCACAGCAAUCUAGUCACUCCCUGGUCAUCCCUCAGUCACUUAUAUCAGAGUCAUUCUCUCUGGCCAUCUUUGGUCACUCACGUGUCACAGCAGCCCACGCCAACAGGAUGCAGACAGGUGCAAUGGAAACAGUCCUUGCGGAGCCAAGACUCGCCCAGGGUGAAAUAUUUCCCCUCAUAGUGACAGGGGGCUAGGGAAGAAUGGGAAAUGUUAGUAGGUGUAGGAGUGCUGAUGAGAAGCAGAGGCUCUCCUGGUCUGGGGUGGAGACAGUAAGUAUGCACUAUCCCCGUAUUUAGUUUGUCUUUCCUGUUUCACAGCUGGAGGGAGCCUGGGUAUUUUGACACGGGAUCAUCUGUAAGGCCCCAUCCUCCCUGUGCCCUCUCUGCUGCUCCUCCAUUCCUAAUGCUUCACCCCACUUUACCUUGAGCUUGGAAGUAGCACUUGCUGUAGACUCCUGGGUGCUGGAGGAGUAGAGACAUCACCAAGCAGAUGAUCCCCCAGCCUCCUAGGAUCCCCUUGGCCUGUCCAGCCCAGAGCAUCCUUAGGGCCAUUGCUGCUGCACAGCCCUCUCAGACCCUUCUUGGCCUCUGCUCAGCUACUCUGGUCUUGACUCCUUGACUUUGCUUUGCGUUGCUCCUUGAGUCUUAGUUUCUCUCUUUCUCCCCUGGGCUCCUGUCUCACACUAUCUCCCUGCCCUCUGCUCUCACAGGCUGGGGAUGUUUAUAAAGUGAGGACCCUGGCCCCCUGCUGAGUAGAGCUGGAAAAGUUGUAACUCUGUUUCCUGAGGUGAGGGCAUGAAAACAAGAGGUCUAGCUUUAACAAGCUGUGAGAGCUGAUUCAUGCCCCGGCACAGCUAGAGGGAGGGAGGUGGCCAUGGAGGGGGCACUGGACUGGGCACUUCCCCAGCAAGGAGGCAGGAGGGGUGAGGGCCCCCACGUGGUCCCCAGAUCUCUUCCCUGACCUGGAGAGAAGGAAGCAUUCCACCUUCCCCCUUUCUCCCCCACUGCCACCACCAGGGGUGUGUAUGCUGGGAUCCCUGCCUGGACCGGAGGGAGGCAUUUCCUGGGGAUGGUUAAUCCUGUGCCCCAGCCAAACCCAGGAGCUGCAAUAGGGUGCGACGGCCAGAGGCUCCAGGAGAGUGAGCAGGCACCUGGAGUGGAGACUGUGUUUCCCUCAGAUCCUAGGGCAGGGUUUCCCUAAUGUAUCCAAGAAAUAGGGCUGCCCCUCAGAGAUGGUGGGGAGGGUCUCUUUUCCUCAGGCAUUCCAGAGGUGAACUGUCCAUUGCUUAUCACCUUCAAACAUACAGCAGAUGUGGGAUCACCCCACAUCUGGGGAUGGUUCUUUCCCCUUUCAAAGAGGAGCAUCUCUAAGUGCCCUGAUGGGAUGAAUCACUCCAGGUUCACAGAGGUGUCCUCUCUUUCCUCCCAUAUAUAAUGGAGUGAGGUUUUUAGGAAUUUAUCAUUUGGCAUCCUCUGAGUUUCCCACAGGUUCUGGAGGAGCCCAGGAUGGAUUAUUGAGAGCAUGGGCUGUAGAGACAGUCUUCUUGGAUUCAGAUCCUGACUCCACUUAGCUAUGUAACCUGGUCAGAUUACUUCACCUCUCUGAGCCUGUUUCCUCAUCUAUAAAUUGGGGAUAGUAAUGCCAACUCAUUGGGCUGUUAUGAGGAUUACUGAGAUAAUGCGUGCAGUGCUCUUAUCACCAUCUCUGGUGCGUAAGCGUCGGGAAAUAGCAGUUGCUGUGAUUGGGGCUAAAGCUCUGAGGCAAAAUGGGUGACAUUAUUUUCUUUGAAUGACAUUAAGCAGUUUGUGCAUAGCUGAGGGCUUCUAUUGGGGAUGGCUGUCUCCUGGCAUAGACCUCUGCACCUUUCACACUCAUACUCCUUGUCAGCAGUCCCCAACCUUUUUGGUACCAGGGACCGGUUUUGUGGAAAACAAUUUUUCCACCAGUGGAUGGAGGGGGAUAGCAGCAGGGAGAUGAUUUUGGGAUGAAACUGUUCCAUCUCAGAUUAUCAGGCAUUAGAUUCUCAUAAGGAGUGUGCAAUCUAGAUCCCUUGCAUGUGGAGUUCACAGUGGGGUUUGCACUCCUGUGAGAAUCUAAUGUCUCUGCUGAUCUGCCAGGAGGAGGAGCUCAGGCGGUAAUGCUCACUUGCCUGCCGCCCACCUCCUGCUUUGUGCUCCCGCUUCCUAACAGGCCACAGACUGGUACUGGCCUGUGGCCUGGGGGAUGGAGACCUCUGCUCCAUGUCACCUUUCCCACCUCUUUCAAAAACAGGUACCUCCAGGAACAUUUUGGUUUUGGCCCUUGUAUUGACUUCCGAAUGUCUAGUUUGAGAAACUGUUCCCAAUAAGCCUUCUUCCCCCAGAUCUGCACCCUCGCCUCUACCCUAGGACAAGGUGUCCUUUUCUCAUCAUCCUGCCAGGCUAACUUUAAGUCUCCUGCUUUUUCUCACUUGGAUUCGGAUCCAUUUCUUCCUAUUUCCGCUCAUGUGAACUCUCCAGUUCUCCUUUCUCACCACUCUCCUGCUAGCCAUCUCUUUGGCACUAAAGGCCCUGGUCAAAUUGGAUUUCUUUCAUUUUUCCACACUUCAAAGACCCAUGUUCCAGGUAUUCUCCAUAGGGAUAGUCUCUUUGGCAUUUAUUUGGUUUUUCUACGUUUUCAGUCCCAUUUACUCCAAGACUCACUCCCUGCCACCUAGUGCAUCAGAUACAGCUACUUCUGGCUGACUUUUCAAGAGGGACCACCCUACCUGUCAUCUCUUCACUGUUCAGAAAUGACUGUGUCAGUGCACCUCAAACUCCCUUGCUGUCCUUUUCCAAGGAGACAGCUAAGGUGGAUGGAGAUGCAGAAUGGACCUCACGUUCGCCCUAGUCAGGACUGAUACCCUUUCCGUUUCAGAGGAUUGCCAAGAAAAAACUCACAGUUGAAGCGGGGUGCUCUGAGGUCGGCUGCGGUGUGGGAGGCACGGCCUGGGCCUGCUCUCUGGGCUGGAGCAGGUGGAUUCGAAGGCCUGUCUAGCACGGGGGCCCAAAGGUCUUGUCAGUGGCCAGUAGCUCUGCCGCCUUUCCCAGAGAGGGGGUCCAGGGGACAUCCUGGAAGGCUGGGCCAUGGGCCACCUUCUGCUCUUGCAAGCUAGAGCCAGCCCAAUAGGGGGCGGAUGUGAGUGGGGAGCUGGGGCGCAUGAAGGUGGGGGUGAUGCCGAAGGGGAAGGGAUCCCCAGUGGGGAUUGGUGCGUGUGCAGAAACGGGGACAGAAGUGAAGGUUCAUCGCCUGUAACGAAGAUGAGGUAGGCAUAUAGGGGCUUCUGGAAAGCUAGAGGCUGGGCUGAGCCAGGAGUCCUCUCCCAGAAGUUGGGGGGCGGUGCAGAGGUGUGGGUCGAGCCCGCAUGCGUGCCUGCUGGGGAGGGGGUGAGUGGUGAGGACCAGGCCCGCUGGGUCCUGGGGGCGCGGUGGCUGGCGCGCAGGUCCCGGAGGGGGCAGCUGGCGAGCACUACACGCUUGGGGACAAGGAAAACAUCCGCCGGAGGCCCGGCCGGGCGGCGCUCCAUCCUCGGGGCAGGUGCGCGGAGAGGAAGUGAGAGCAUUCCGGCCCCCCCACCCCAACCCCGGCCGCUGGCCCUCCGGUGAGUCACAGCCGACCCCCGCCGCCGGAGGGAGAGGGGAGCUGCGGGCCAGAGCCCCGGAGGGUCUGGAGGAGCCAGGAGGGUUUCUGGGAGCAGAGGGUCACUUAGUGGGCUUCUGUCGUGGUGUCGCUACGGGCGCGAAACGGACACUGAACACAGUCUGACUGAAUGGAGGCAGGUGGGGAGGGAUCCCCUGGGAGAGCUUGGCGGGCAGCGAGCAGACCCCAGGGCAAGGAGGGGCCCCCGAGGGGGAAACCGGGAGUCGGGCAGGUGGCGAAACCCAGAAAGGGAAGGACAGCCGGAUUGAUUGGGGUGAGAGAGGAAGGAAGCACGCCAAGUUAGGCCUGGGAGAACUGAGGGACCUGAGGAGGGAGGAGGGAGACCAACAUAGGGUGGGAAGGCGGAAAUGGCCAAACCCCGGGCAUCAGGUCUGUCCAGAGGCUGACGUAGACAGUGAAGGGUAGGUUUUAGGAGUAGGGGGAGUUAUGAUUAUUUGGUUACAUUUUGGGAUUAUUUGGUCUCACAGGUAGAAGGGAGCCUGCUGGUCUCUGUGUAACGGAUGGCUUAAAAGCAAGGUUGUCUGCGUCUUGGAUUACUGUCUGCCAUUCAGCCUUUGCCAAAAAAUUUGGCACUGAUCUGCACAUUUUUAUAGUCAUUUAAAAUUGUAUGACUCUGUCAAAUGAUUUAAGUAAUUUUGGUGGAUUUUUAAAAAUAAAAAAAUAAAAAUAGAAAAGUUGCACAA